AUGUUCCUCUACCACAGCAUGCUGUUUCUUAUCCUUUUUCUCUGGAACCGGGCCGUUUGUAUUGCUCACAACCACAGCCGUCUAUCUGCUCUGAGCGAAAACCUGCUCGACAACCAAACACUUUUAAAGCCUCUAGCUGCGGACGCAACCACCGGCGUGGAACAAAGAGAUGGAGCGAGGGGCCAUCCUGCUUUUUUAGGAAACCUAGGGAGAGGUGCGGCAAUAUUGGCUGUUAAAGGAUACUUGCUGCAACAGCCCCGCCCGGAAACCGCUUUCAAAGUUCUACGCAUCGGAAAGGGUCAGGACAAGCUCCCAGCCGAUAAGAGAUCGAAGAUCUGGAUCGAGUAUGCACGGGACUACAAAAAGUCUGACGAUGAGGAGGGCUGGUACAAGCCAGAAAAGGUUUUUACCUUGCUGAUAAAAACCCAUCCGGUAGACGACGUGUUGGAUUGGUUCCAAGCAGUUGGUAUGCGUAAAGAUGCUGACGAGUUACGUGAUAUUCUAUCGAAAGACGACUUCCCAGCCUUGCGCAAGUCGAUGAAUCAGCAGUGGCUGGACUUGGGAACGAGUCCUGAGGUAGUUUUCAAGCUUCUGGGCGUCGGCAAUAAGCCUAUUCUGCUGGACCCGAAUGCCUCUCACUGGAUCCUGUACUGUGGUCAGUUCAGGCAAAAGUACGGCGAUGACGCUUUUUCGGUCAAGGAGAUAGUGCGAUGUUUGCUGGGGACGGAAAAUGUCCACAAAUCAUUGUUCUACGGAGCGUAUCUCCAGUUGGUCGGGCAUCGGUAUCCGACGCUGAGGCUUCUCACCAGCAAGAUGCGGGACGCAUUGUACGAGCAAUUGGUCAAGGUGGAGAAUAUGUCGCCUCUGUUGGCCUAUCGUUUCCUGCGGUGGCAAAUCGGAACGGACGUGUUGAAGCUACCUAGGUCGGAUCGACAUUUCCGUGCUGUGAGAGACUAUACGUUGAAAUAUGCAAGCCGCAUCGACAGUCUUGAAGAAGCGAUGGCGGAAUACGUCUUUGAUCACCUGACCCCAUCACAAAUGUACAAGUACUUGGAAUCGAUUAGCACUAAUCGUACCUAG